CUGAGGUGCGCGGAGAGGGUCACGGGGCACCUCAGCGGGGCCUGCCCAGUGAGGCUUAUCGUCUUCGACCUGGACGAGACGCUCACGAUGGCGACGUUCAUGGCCUCGGACGGCAGCUGCCUCCCGCGCGAGCGAGAAAAAAUCCGAAGAAGACACGCGAACUUCGAGUCGCCCUGGGUGGACGGCUCGAGGCGGGCCAAGCUCCAGCGCAUGCUCGAGGCGCUGGCGCGUGGCCCGGGCGGGCGCCGCAGGUUCCUGGCGGUGCUGACCCGCAACGCCAACGCGGCCGGCGUCCUGGCCGUGGUGAACUUGCUCAAGGCGGGCGGGCUCGCAGAGUUCUUCUCGGCGGCGGACGUGCUGGCGCACGUGUGCCGGUGCCCGGAGGCGUGGGUCCCGCAGCUCGCGGGCGGGGAGAGGGCCGCGUUCGCGGACCUGCUGCCCCUCACGCAGGAGGGCGUCGUGCUGGUGGACGACCAGAGGUCAAACUUCCGGAGCCCCUCGGGCGUCGAGGUGCUGAGGUAUUGCAAGGUGGCCCGCUACGACGCGGACUACCGCAGCUUCGGCUUCGUCACGGACAUGGGGGGCAUCGGCGCGCACAGCGACGCGGACUACGACAUGCUCCAGCGCUUCGUGGAGGACCCGUGGAUGUGCCGGGACUCGAUGCAGGUCCGCUGCAACGAGCGCGCCUUUGUGGGUAGCGAGGGGAGGAAUCCUGUGCAGCUGGUGGUCUUCGACUUCGACGAGACGCUCACGCUGGCUACCUUCAUGCCCAGCGCCGUGGAGGAGGGCAGCAGAGUCGACAAGCUCGGCGCGCUGCUGCGCUGGAUCGCGGCCGAGAGGAGGCUGGCGGUGCUGACGAAGAACGAGCGCGGCGCGAUGGCCGUGCUCAGCUUGCUGAGGAUCGCGGGUCUGGCGGAGCACUUCAGCGCGAUCUGGACCAUGCGGGCCGACGGCCGGGGCGGGGACCAUGGCGCCUACCAGGAGGGUGGGCGCUGGACGCGCUUCCAGCCGCCCGUCGAGAGGGUGGGCAACCACAAAGCGGACGUCCUCCGCCACGUCGUGGACAACCCCUCGGAGUGGUUCCCGCAGCUGCAGGGCCCGCAGAGGUCGCGCCACGAGGACCUGCUCCAGCUCCGGCCGGAGGGCGUGGUGCUCGUCGACGACGAGAGGGCGAAUUUCCGCAGCUACGAGGUGGCCCCGGGCUCCGAGGAGCCCGCGAGGGUGCUGCGCUACUGCAAGGUCUUCCGCUACGACGACGAGUACCGGGACUGCGGCCUGCUCAACCAGAUGGGCGGGCUUGGCGCACACAGCCCGGGUGUUGCCACUGGCGCGCCUGGUCCAGGGCGUCUGUCCCUCCGCGGCCUCUGUGCUGCACCCCUCGCCGGGGCCCACGAGGGCCUCUGGGAACUCCAG